UUUUGUUGGCGACUCAAUCACGUCACUGGCAUGCGCUCUCUUCCGGUCUAACGCUCUACCGGGCCCGCUUACCUAGGUUGGAGAACGGGUUGCCUUCACCAUGGCCGACAUGGAGGAGCUCUUCGGCAGCGACGCCGACACCGAGCCAGAGCAAAAAGAUUCUGAUUCUGCUUCUGAUUCAGACUCUGAUCAGGAGAAUGCUGGCUCUGUCAGUAAUGUUUCUGGCAGUGAGAGCGACAGAGAUGAUGACAGAGAGGCUUUGCAACCUAGUAACAAAGAAUUGUUUGGAGACGACAGCGAGGAUGAGGUUGCCUCUCACCACAGCGGAAGCGACAACCAGUCUGAAAGGUCCUACAACCGCUCUGAAGGUUCAGGACCCUCCGAACAUGACGAAAAUGACCAGUCGGAUCUCGACCAGCACAGUGGUUCAGAAGCUGCUCGGGACGAGGAUGAAGACGAAGAUCACAGGUCCGAUGAAGGCAGCCGUCACUCGGAGGCAGAAGGAUCUGAAAAGGUGCACUCGGAGGAUGAGAAGUGGGAGAGAGAAGAUAAAAGUGAUCAGUCGGAUGAUGAGAAGCUCCAGAACUCGGAUGAUGAGGAAAGGCCUCAGAACUCGGAUGACGAAGAGAAGAUGCUGAACUCGGAUGGCGAGGAGAGGACUCGGAUUUCCAACGAUAAGGAAAGGCUACAGCACUCCGACGACGAGAAGAUUCACAACUCGGAUGACGAAGACCGCCUGCCCCUUUCAGACGAGGAGAAGCUCCAGCACUCGGACGAGGACGAACGGCCGCGGCAUUCAGAUGAAGAGAAUGCCCAGAACUCGGAAGACGAGGAUGAAAGGCCACCACAUUCCGAUGAGGAGAAGAUGCAGAACUCGGACGACGAGAGGCCUCCACAUUCGGAUGACGAAGAGCGCAGGAUGUCAUAUGAUGAAGAGGAGCAGGAGCGGAAAUCUGAGUCCAUAAGAGGCAGCGACAGCGAUGACGACAUUCCACAGGUGAAGCGCAAGAAGCACAUUGCGUCCGAUUCUGAAAUGGAUAGCGAUGCAGACGGGCAGAAAGAUAAUAGGGAUGCUAUGGAUCUGUUUGGAGGAGCGGAUGACAUUUCUUCAGGGAGCGAUGGGGAAGAUAAGCCUCCGACUCCAGGGCAGCCAAUUGAUGAAAAUGGGUUGAAUGAGGAUCAGCCGGAGGAAGAGCCCAUUCCAGAAACGCGCAUCGAAGUCGAGAUUCCAAAAGUAAACACAGACUUGGGGAACGACUUGUAUUUUGUGAAGCUUCCCAACUUCCUCAGUGUGGAGCCCAGACCUUUUGAUCCUCAGUACUAUGAAGAUGAAUUUGAAGAUGAGGAGAUGCUUGAUGAAGAAGGUAGAACAAGGUUAAAACUGAAGGUGGAGAACACUAUACGCUGGCGGACACGCCGAGAUGAGGAAGGAACUGAUGUUAGAGAAAGCAACGCACGGAUAGUCAAGUGGUCUGAUGGGAGCAUGUCACUGCAUUUGGGAAAUGAAGUGUUUGAUGUAUAUAAAGCACCAUUGCAGGGAGACCACAACCAUCUCUUCAUCAGGCAAGGGACAGGGCUUCAGGGACAGGCUGUGUUCAAGACAAAAUUAACAUUCAGACCUCACUCGACAGACAGCGCCACCCACAGGAAGAUGACUCUCUCGCUUGCAGACCGGUGUUCCAAGACCCAGAAGAUUCGGAUUUUGCCCAUGGCUGGCCGUGACCCUGAGUCCCAGCGCACAGAAAUGAUUAAGAAAGAGGAGGAGAGGCUGCGAGCUUCUAUCCGCAGAGAGUCCCAGCAGAGGCGGAUGCGGGAGAAGCAGCAUCAGCGGGGGCUGAGCGCCAGCUACUUGGAGCCCGAUCGCUAUGAUGAGGAGGACGAAGGAGAAGAGGCCAUCAGCCUGGCCGCCAUCAAAAACCGAUACAAAGGGGGCAUUCGAGAGGAGCGUGCUCGGAUUUAUUCUUCAGACAGCGAUGAAGGCUCAGAUGAAGAAAAAGCACAGAGAUUGCUGAAGGCAAAGAAACUGAACAGUGAUGAGGAAGGUGAGCCUUCAGGCAAAAGGAAAGCAGAAGACGACGACAAGGCCAGUAAGAAGCCCAAGAAGUAUGUGAUCAGCGACGAGGAAGAUGAAGACGAGGAGGCAUAACGCCCGGCCAAACUCCGAAGAUAGGUUUUUAUAGAGAGACUGUACAGUUCUUCUUUUCCGAACCCAUGUAAAUAAACCCUGCUAGACUUCUUGACAAAAAGGACUUGUGUCAAGAGCUGCCAUCUUAAAAUGAAUAAAACCAUUUUUUGUUCGA